AUUUGAGAGAGAGAGAGAGAGAGAGAGAAAGCGUUUGGAAGAAUAAAGAAUGAUACUAUCUGCAAUUGAAUCGCGAAGAAGGACGCGUGUUUGCUCGUCGACGACGUCGGCCCGGUUUGCGCGAGCGUGUUUACGAGCACGGGGAUGCGCAAAGUGCGUCUCGUCACUCGUGUGCGCAAGUGAAACAUAUAGACACAGAUCAGCCAAACACGCUUCAGGUGCGUCAACUUGAGAAAGAGAGAGAAGGACAGAGAAUCGCGUUGUCGCGACGGGUCAGCUAGCGAACGAGAGAAACAGAGAGAGAGAGAGAGAGAGAGAGAGAAAAAGGUAAAAAAACUCUGUCCGUACGUUUUUUCACAUUUCUCAGCCGGAGUGCGGAAUCGCCGAAGAUCGCGAAUUCGUCAGCGGUGAGCGGAAACAACAGCGGAAUAGUCGAAAGGACGAUCGGUUCGAUAGCUCGAUAGGGAAUAGGCUCGGGACACUCGCGCCGUUACGCAUCGUCCCUGGACGUUUUACAAAAGUUACGCGAUUUCUGGCAAAGGAAGAAACUGCAACUUGAUUGAAUAAGGAUCUAAAGGUUCUGGUCGAAGUGAUAGAUCGAGCGAGGGAGGCAAAGAGAGAAGAAGAGGUAUAGACAGAAAAAGUGAGGCGAGGAGAGUGGGAGAUAAGCAGAGAAGCAAAGGUGAGAGAGCGAGAUUCUCGGAACGUUUCAACGUGUACGACCGAGGAAUCGUCGACGGUGUUCUACCUGAAGGAUCUCGACGAGGAAAUAUUCUCAGUGGCUUACCGUCGCGGGCAAGCCAACCUAAAAGGAGCGCUUAGAAGCGCUUUCGAGGUUAUGUGCCGUUGAGUAGAACCGCAUAACGUUCUCGUGCGAAACUGAACAGCCAAAGUUAGUGCGAGAGAGAGAGAGGGACCACGUUGUAAAUCUGUGAACAGGACACGACGGCUUUUGGAUUUCAUCUAAGGAUGCCAUAUCGAUAACUCCGCACCGGGGAUCGUAUCGAUCCAGCGACGUGUGUAUUGCGUUCACGCUACGAAAGAAUGCGUUUUCGUAUGAAGAUCCACAGCAGAGUGACAAAGAUUUCACGCGAUCGUUACCUCUAACCUGGUUGCACGCGUACGAUGCAGAAGAGAAAGGAACUGCUAAUGCUUGUAACAAACUAUAAGACUAGUCUGUAUACGUAAGCGCGCGAUUACUUUGCAAUUUUAUGAUUAAUGAACGAUCUCGAUCAUGUAAUUACACCACAUAUCACUAAUGUAAAAGAGACAAACUUGUUCCAACAACAAAUUCGCUAUUUUUUAAAUAUAAUUAUAGUUGAUUAUUUUUAAGUGAUAAACAGAGUGAUGUAUGGAAAUUGUGUCAUACUGAUUUGCAAUUCAAUUUGUGUAAACGCGUACAAUUUAUUUUGCAUGUUUGAUAGACACUUUUCUGGAAAGAUGCAAAUACUAUACAAGUUGAUUUGCAUUCAGCAUAAUAGCAAUAUCAUCUAAAGUUUGGAUAAAUGUUUACGACAGAAGUUCAUGUGAAUGGAUGAUGCUCGGAGGCAAUGAACGGCAUGGAGAGACAUGGUCAUGGACAUGGACAUUCGCAUGCGCAUUCGCAUCGUCAUCGCCAUUCCCAUGGCAGUUCUCAGAGCUCGUCACAGAACUCGAGCCAGCCGUCUUCAAAACAUAGUCACAGCCACGUGACACAUUCGCAGAAGGAUACGGCUGUGCCACCAGUGACCCAGAAGACUCAGAGGAAUUUCAAGCUACUGGUCGAUCCGUUUUUAGUUAAAGGAGCUACAAGACUAUGUAGGUAUGAUGGGACCGUUCCAGGCGAUCCAACGUAUCCACAAGUUCAACCUCGAGAUCCCAGAUCGCAAUUAACUAGAAUCUGGACUCGAUUGGAACAGCUUGAUCUACCUGUACCUAGAUUUAAAAUUGAUUCCAAUUACUGUGGAGAACCUCCUCCACUAGAGGUAACGUUUUGCCAUUUAAAUGACAAUAUUGAUAAGACAUUUUUAACAAACAUGGUUCAGAAGUUUGGAUCUAUAGAAGAGCUUACUAUUUAUUACCACCCGUUAAACAAUAAACAUCUUGGCAUAGCAAGAGUGGUGUUUGAAUCGACCAAGGCUUCUAAAGCAUGUGUAGAAAAGUUGAAUAAUACAUCUGUGAUGGGGAAAGUAUUAAGGGUUUUUCUGGAUCCCUUUGGCGAAGAGUGUAAGAAGAUGUUUGAGGAGUUAACCAUAGAGAAAAAACCACCUGAAAAGAAGGUGGAAAAAGAGCCACCGAAGCCAGAGCCAGAGCCAGAAAAACAUCAGACACCAGUGGAAAAGGCUUUGCCCGAGGAGAGGGACGACUUUAGAAAUAGUAAAAAACCUAUUCUAAAUAUAGAAAAGAGCAGAGAGCCAUAUGUAGAAAAUUCAAGAUAUAACAAAUACAGAGACUAUCCUACACCGAGUGGCAGUACAGGUAGUGAUUUGGGUUAUGGAACAGCGCCCAGUGAAUUGAAUUAUUCUAGUAAUUAUUCUCAAAAUUCUACUCCAGCAACAAAUUAUGACUUUUACUACAGCAAUUAUCAUCAUCAACCUCCGAGUAGCUAUUUAACUAAUAUUCCGCAAAAUGUGUCACAGAACAUACCAAUUCAACAGAACUCGAAUGUAUGGUGGGGUAAUAAUUCUGGACCAGCAGGAUAUUCAAGCUCAACUUCUGUCUGGCCAAUUCAACCACAUGCGACAAAUUUGGACAAUACUGGUUCUAAUGUCACAUCGAUUAAUAAUAAAACUUCCAGUGCAAAAGCACAUACCACUCCUAAAAAGGAAAAGGAGAAUCAGACUACAGCAAAGAGUACACCUCGUGAUUCUCCUGAUGAAACUCGCAAGACAUUAGAUUUAGAUACAAGAAUUGCUAUGUUACUAAAGGAUAAAGCAGGUGGAAUGGCACCUCCUUUCUUACAGUUUGGCAGUGACUCAGAAGAUGACAAAAAAUCUCAAUUUGGUGACAAUGAGAUGUUGUCAGACCCACCCAGUCCUUUCCUCUCACGUGAGAUAUACAAACAGUGUUUUGAUAAAGUAGUAGAGAGAAAUAAAGAACGGAGAAAAGCUCAUGAAAAUAGCAUUAGUCAGUUUUCCGUGGAUGAGGAUUUAGGUAGUGUCAUAAGUUCCAGUGAAGAUGAAGCGUUGUUAGGAAGUUACAGCCCAGCACCUGAUGACAAUGAACCAGAGCCACCUAAGGAACCACCUCCACCUCCACCGCCUGACGACGACAGAAUGUCUCUGAGUCCUUUAAGUUCAGGAGAUGAAAAAAUUGAGGAAGUAAUAGCACAGACUGAACCUUCGAAUCAACUAUAUCCGGCAGCUGGUUAUCCAGGACAUUUAACUCACUAUCCUUCUAACGAUGUUUAUAAUUGGCCGCGACCGACGCAAUAUCCUUAUCCUUAUGGAACAACUUAUUUGCAAAGCCAUUAUCAACCUAACACAGCGUCUUUUUCGGCAACAAUCGGAAAUCAUCAAGGAACAAAUUAUUAUUCCUCUUUUCAAUCUCGGUUACAUGCUAUGGCAAAUUAUAAUAUCACAAAAGAUCCACAGGGACCUACUAUCAAUGGAGUAUUAAGCAGAGUUGUAAAUGAAUUAAAGCAAAUUCUAAAGAAAGAUUUUAAUAAGAAGAUGAUAGAGAACACGGCAUUUAAAUUGUUUGAAGUUUGGUGGGACGAAAAGAAAUCAGAAAAAAAUCAAAUUCAGGGUAGCAGUGAUAAUAUUAUUGUCAAUAAUACAACAAAAGAAGACGUAAAAUCGCAGGGAUUGUCAUCAUUAUUGGAGCAAGCAACACCACUGGGGCUCAAUUACGAUGGUUUUGGUUUGGGUAUUAGAGCUAGUAUGCCAAAGAUGCCUUCAUUUAGGCGCAAGAUCAAAGCUCCAAGCCCACUACCGCAGGAUGAGGACAGUCGACAAUCGGGUCAUGCUGAUAUUGAAACAAUUGAAAGUGAUAGUGAUCUAGAUGUACCACCUGUACAAAAAACAAAGAAACCGAUGACUUCUCUCCCAACCAUUUCUUCCUCGUCUACUACAUCUUCGUCAAUCGAAAGUAGUAGCGAGGAGAUUAGUUCCAGUGAAUCUUCUGAUAGUUCAAAUGAAAGUUCCGAUGAAGAAGCUUGCUUUGAGGAUGAGCAAGAUACAGAUAGCCGAAUGUCCGACAAUAGGCCUUUGGCUUGUAAUAGUGAAGAUCCUGAUAUUUUGAUGGAACUUGCAAUCCAAAGGUCUCUAGACUGUCCUACACCAACUGGCAGAGAAACGCCGGUACCAGAUAUCAAAAUUAAAGAUCAAAAUUCAAACGAAUUUCCGCAAAUUGAUGAUGACAAUCUGAAUAGUUCAUUAUCUUCUUCCAUAAGAUAUGAAAGCAUAAAAGAAGAAGAAAGAAUUUCUGAGAAAUUAUCUGUAGUGGAAGAAAAACCAUUUGAUGUAUGUAGAACCUUAGACAAGGAAGUGAAAGAUACAUCGAAAAUCACCGAAGAUAAGGGAACGCAGAGCGACAUGAAACCGGUGAUAACAACAUCAGCAAUAAAGGAGGAGGUGUUACCGGAUAUACAAAAAAUGGAAAAUUCGGCUGCGGAAGCUCUGAUGACUCUAGCUGGACAUGAUAAUAUUAUACGGCACAAGAGUCCAGGUCCUAUACAACCUAAUAUUAUUAGAGCGCUACAGACAAUGUCAGCAAAAUACAUCAAUGAUGAACCCAUUUUGAAGGAUAAUGAAAAGAUUGAAAUGUUUAGUGAGAUUCCUACAACUGACUCAGAGGAAGAGAGCUUAGAAAUCAGAAGACUAAGGUAUCAAGCGGAGACAGAGCUUCGAUUGAAUGGACAGCGGACACCAAGUUCACCUGGUUCUCAGGCUUCGCAGGUGUAUAUGGAACAUUCGUAUUCGUUGCCACCUGCACAACCUGAGCCGGUGGAACCGGUGAUACGAGUACCACCAGCCUCGAUAAAAGUAAAACAUCCAAAGAUUGUUAAAUUGGCGAAAUCGAAAGAUAAUACUCAUAAAACCGAGAAACAGAAAUCUAAGAAAUAUACAAAAAUACACAGCAAUCAGAAUCAUGUGAGAGAAAAGGAAAAUAUCCGAAAUGAUUAUAUAUACGAUAAGCUUCCUAAACAGGUUCCAGAACCGACUGUCACGUACAAAGAACGAGAUCUUAUGUCAGAAAUGGCUAUUUUGUACGAGUUUUUAACUAGGGGAAUAGACUCAGAGGAUGUAGAAUAUUUGAGAAGAAGUUAUGAGGCUUUAUUAGCGGAUGACACUCAAGGUUACUGGUUGAACGAUACGCACUGGGUUGAUCAUUCGCCGACGGAUGUACCGAGCCCCGCGAAAAAGAGAAAACGAGACGAACUCCGAUUGCAUGCGAGUGGAAGCGCUAGAACGGAAGGAUAUUACAAAGUUGACAUCAGGGAGAAGGCUAAACAUAAACAUCAUUAUGCUCAAAGUAUACAGCGCAGUAAUGAUGUGGAGGACAGCGGCGGCUCUUACAGUGGAGGUGAUGGUGUAAUGAAUGGUCCAAAAAAUAAUUCUAAAGCGUUGACUGGCAAAAUGCAAGCAUUGUCACGCGAGGCACGAAGUAAUCAACGCCGACUAUUAACAGCUUUUGGAAUUGAUACGGACAGUGAUCUCCUUAAGUUUAAUCAAUUAAAGUUCCGUAAAAAGCAAUUGAAGUUUGCUAAAUCUGGUAUUCACGAUUGGGGCUUGUUCGCCAUGGAACCAAUCGCGGCCGAUGAAAUGGUUAUCGAGUAUGUUGGACAAAUGGUUAGACCGGUUGUAGCCGAUCUACGAGAAGCUCAAUACGAGGCCACUGGAAUUGGAAGUUCUUACCUCUUCCGCAUCGAUUUAGAUACAAUUAUCGAUGCGACGAAAUGCGGCAAUUUGGCGAGGUUUAUAAAUCACAGUUGUAAUCCAAAUUGUUAUGCAAAAGUAAUCACGAUCGAAAGCCAAAAGAAAAUCGUAAUCUACAGUAAACAACCGAUAGGAGUUAAUGAAGAAAUUACUUAUGAUUAUAAAUUCCCAUUGGAGGAUGACAAAAUCCCUUGCCUUUGCGGAGCUCCUCAAUGCCGUGGUACCCUCAACUGAAUUGUUCAUUCUUUUUCCUGUCUUCAUACUUCAUCAUACCCUACUCAUAUUUUUGUAAAUAUUUCCCCAUGUAAACAUUUUAUAAAAAUGCAAUGGAAAAUGCUAAAUUAUGUUAAGAUGCGUUCUUCCUACUUUAUUAUGAGACCCUUCUGAUCCAGUAUAUGACUUUGAUAUUUGGAAAAGUGAGAUAAAUGUCUGAAUCAUUACUACAUCUAAUGGUAGAAUUAUAUU